CCCUCGAAGGUAGCUUCAGUUGGUGACUGAAAAUCAAACUGUGCACAACAGCUCCCCGUGACAAGUUCAAGCUUAACGCGCAAAAAAACAACGCCAGUGAAUAAAAAUACGAGAGUGGAAGCCAAUCUCGUCUACAAAUAUUAAACAAAUAUCAAAUUGAACACUUAAAAAACCCAAAAACUCAACUGCAAAAUGCAAGUGGAAAAAGUUUGUGCCACCAUUGUGGUCUUUGCCAUCUUCGCCUGCGUCGUGGAUGCAGCUAUCUACUCCCAGCCCGCCAUCUUUCAUCCUGCUCAUCCUGGCAAGUGCUUCGACAAGUUCACCCGAAAGGCUUUGCUGCCCGACAAGGAGUACAAGCCAAAGGGCAUCUGCGCUGCGAUGACUUGCAGCCUGGAGGCCCGCGAGAUCAGCAUCGAGACCUGUCCCUAUGUGGAGGCACCUGGCUGCGAGGAGCUGCCCAGCGACCCCAACUGGCGGUUCCCCAAGUGCUGUCCGCAGUUCAAGUGCGUCGACUUCAAGACCGGCAAGGACUUUAUCGUCUCGCUGUAGAGAAUGCGAGUGCGAAAGGUGGCUGCCCAUAUAGCCGCAACUGAAACGUGAUUUUACAUAAAAUGUAUUCGUAGUUUUAUACAACCCGAAAAGAGUGAAUGAUUGAGUGUGUGUUUGUGUAAGCAAGUGAAUGUUUGUGGGAUGCGUGUGAUUCAUUCUUAAUUUAUUUAUUGUAAUUUGUACAUAACAGCAUAACCAGCAUAACGCCCUUUUUACCCCAUCAUGUUUUCUCGUGUGAACAUAAUGCAAUUUGUUUUGAUUUAUUCAAAAGUCCCUGUAUGCGAUAUUUGCAAGUAUGACUAAGUGUAAACAAACUAUGUUUAGUCCAUAAGGUUUAAGCGAAUAAACUAAUAAUAAACAAAUCAGAAAUAU